AUGGGACGUGUCAAACCCCUAGAAGUUGUAAAAUCGACAGCCAAAUCUAGUGCAUCACAUGAUAAACUCGAUUUUAUUCUUUAUUCUUACCUUGAAUUAGAUAAUCACUUGAAGCGGAUCAGUAUUCUGUCUUUAAUUCAGCUAUGUUUUCUUCGUGAGUUGAGCCAUAAAAAACCCCCAACUAGAAAAAUGUCAAUUAUAUGUCAAACCUUCCCCACUAUAGAUCAUUUCUUUAUAAUUAGUAAAAGUAAACAUUCCGAUUCUUAUCUACAAACAUCAAUUAAGAAUAAUAAUGAUUGCAGAAACCCAUCAAUUUGUUCGACGGAUACAUUAUCUCACUUAUCUAAACUUGAUCAAUUAUUACCAAUUAUACAAUAUGUUGUAAUACGCUCUGGAAUUAUGUAUUUAGGUGCUGAAUUGGAUUUUAUUGAACAUUUAGCACCGAAACGUUUAUCACUUCAUGGAUUAUUACCUUAUCUAAUGAAUACAUUACAAGCAUGUUAUGAUCAAAUUCUAAAUGAAGGAAUUGCAAAUAACUGUCUAACUUCUCAAUUUGAACACUACAAAGAAACUAUAGUUUGUCAAGAUUUCUUGGAACCCAAUAAUUUCAAUGAAUAUACAAAUACCUCCAAUUCAGGCGGUACGUUUAGUUCUUCAUUGGUUUUCUGA